GUGGCAAGUGCACUGUCUGAAGUCAAUGCACGUCCCCGCGUAGCUCUACUGCGCGCUCCCGUAACCAUGUCGCCAUUUUGAUUCGAAAAAUAUGACUGAGUUUUUCCUGCUUUGCAUGCUAAACUUAGCCCCGCGUUUGAAUUACUUUAUGCGUGAGUACGAAUCAUACACUCUAUAUCUGAAAUAACAGGUAUUGCUAUUAAUGUCAAGUAGCCAUUAGUGUUGGGGAACUGUUUAUUUGAUAGACUUCAAAGCCACAUUUGACUAACGUUAGCUAAGUUGAGCUAGCUAACAGUAGCCUGUGCUGUCGCAGACUGACCCUUCAAAACAAAUCACUAUUUGCUCACAGGCUAAUGUAUUUUAGCUAACACAGCUAGCUAAUAGUUAGCUGGAUAGCUAGUGACUUAGUAGCUGGCUGCCUGACGAAAAACUCCACCAACAAUCGAAUACAGACGGAAGGAAUAGCAGCGGACUUUCAAUCAAAGGUUAUGGUGAGCCUCUCAGUGUCUCAUCUCCUAAAGAGGCCUGCGUUUUAAGAGGAGACCCAUGCUGAUAAAUGCCAGGCCUCGCCACACUCUCUGUCGUCUGCACAAACACAAAUGCCUGCCUGCCCGUGGGGGAGGUCUGAUUAAAGAUAUCCACAUUUCAUCCACUGGGCUGUGUCCCCCGUCCCAGCGGCCACCAUGUUUUGGAAGUUCGACCUGCACACCACCUCCCACAUCGACCAGCUGCUGGACAGGGAGGACGUGACGCUGAGAGAGCUGAUGGAGGAGGAUGACGUCCUGCAGGAGUGCAAGGCCCAAAACCGUCGGCUGCUCCUCUUCCUCUCCCAGGACCACUGCAUGCAGGAGCUGGUCAGCCUCAUCACCACAGAGCCACCCGCAGACCUGGAGGAGAGAAGCCGCUUUAAGUUUCCCAACAUUGCUUGUGAGCUCCUGACAUCAGAUGUGUCUAUUAUAAAUGAUAAGCUGGGCGGGGACGAGUCUCUCCUUGAGAUGCUCUAUCACUUCCUGGAACAGGACCCUCCCCUCAACCCUCUACUGGCCAGCUUCUUCAGCAAAACCAUUGGCAAUCUCAUUGCCAGGAAAACCGAACAGGUGAUUACCUUUCUAAAGAAAAAGGAAGGCUUCAUUGGUCUGGUGCUGAAACAUAUUGACGCCUCUGCCAUGAUGGACCUGCUGCUUCGCCUCAUCAGUUGUGUGGAGCCUGCCCCCUUGAGGCAGGAGGUCCUUCAUUGGCUGAAUGAGGAGAAGUUGGUACAAAGACUCACAGAGCUCAUCCAUACUGGCAAAGAUGAGGAGAGACAAUCAAAUGCAUCCCAAACGCUUUGUGACAUCAUCCGCCUUAGUCGAGACCAGGCCAAUCAGAUGCAGGAGAAUAUGGAGGCCGACCCACUAUUGGCUGUACUAGAGUCGCAGGAAAGUGUAGCGGGGCUGCUCAAGAACAUGUUUGAGGGGGAGAGGAGUGAGGCCUCCAUCGUUAAUGGAACUCAAGUGCUACUUACCUUACUGGAGACCAGGAGGUCUGGGUUGGAAGGGCUGAUGGAUCUGUAUUCUCAGGGUUAUGAAAGGUCUUACACUGUCAACAGCAGUAUUUUAAAUGCCAUUGAGCCCCAUUUAAAGGACUUCCAGCAGCUUCUUCUGGAUCCCCCCAAGAAAAGUGCAAUAUUGACGACUGUUGGCGUUCUAGAGCAGCCACUGGGCAAUGCCCGUCUUCACGUGGCCCGGCUGGUAGCCGCCCUGCUGCAGACCAAUGCCCCCAGUAUCUGCCAGGAGCUCUGCAAUCUUGCCACCAUGGACCUACUACUGGAUCUGUUCUUCAAAUACUCCUGGAAUAACUUUUUGCACUUCCAAGUGGAGUUGUGUGUGGCGGCUAUCCUGAACCAUCCUUCCUCAGAGGAGCGGCCAAGCCUAGGCCUCCAGAACCACGAUGGGAAGCCUGCAGCAUCCAACCCUGAGGCUCAGGGGGAGGCAGUGGAGACAGGCAGAACCAGUGACCCACAGACCUCUAUCCACAAUGCCCUUGUGGCACAUCUCUUCCAGAAGUGUCAACUGGUACAGAGGAUCCUUAACGCCUGGGAGGAGAAUGAUAAAAUACAGGCCGAGGGCGGCACCAGGAGAGGCAACAUGGGUCAUCUGACCAGAAUUGCCAACAUGGUGGUCCAGAACCUGGAGAAAGGACCAGUACAGGCCCAGAUCGCUGACCUCAUCAAAGAGCUUCCAGAAGACUGCAGAGGUCGCUGGGAGAGCUUCGUGGACGAGACCCUGAGAGAGACUAACAGGAGGAACACGGUGGAGCUGGUAAGCACCCACAACAUGCACUCGUCCAGUGAGGACGACGACAUGGAGAGCCCCUUCCCCAAUGACCUGUCUCUUCAGCAGGCCUUCUCCGACUAUCAGAUCCAACAGAUGACUGCCAACUUUGUGGAUCAGUUUGGGUUCAAUGACGAGGAGUUCAGCGAGCAUGAUGAAAAUAUCAAUGCCACAUUUGACAGAAUUGCUGAAAUAAACUUCAAUCUAGAUGCUGAUGAUAAUAGUGCCAAUGUGGCUGCGUUUGAAGCCUGCUGUAAAGAGAGGAUACGCCAGUUUGAUGAUGCUGAAGAAGAAGAAGACAUUUGGGAGGAGAAGGAGAUGAACUAUGCAACACAAGCUAAAUCCAGAACAAGGUUUGGGGUUACCUCAGAGGGAAGCUCCAGGAGCAGCAUGGAGAACGGAGGCAGGGAGCGGGACCGUGGAUCUGAAUCUGAUGAGGACGAGGAUACUGAGCAAAACACAUCAGAUACAGGUCCAUCAUGGACAGCAAAUUUCAGGGACUCUAGAGGGACUGCAGCAUCCCAAACCCCAGCAGGGUGGGACAGCUCAGCUGGGGGUGGAGCAGAGACGCAGGGAACUGGCUGGGCCAACUUCACUGAGUUCCAGACUUUCUCCGGUACAGAGACUGAUCCCAGGUGCAGCUCUCCUGUGGACUCAGGCAGCAGUGACGCAGAUAAACAAGCCAAACAAAACCACGAGAAGAGGGAUGUUAGUACCUCCUCUGGUGCUUGGCCGGUGGGAGAAGGGAGGAAGGCUCCUCUCGUGGCCUCAGACAGCAGCUCCUCUGGGGGAUCCGACAGCGAGGAGGAUGACAAAAAUGCUGGUGCUCCUCCCGUCGCAGCCAUCGCCUCGGAAACAGUUGCCGCCCCCGUCAACAAGACAGCUGACCUCAAAAGUGAGGAGAGUCCGGUGUCUCUGGAGAAACUCUCUCUGUCAGAUCCUCCUAAAGCGUCCGAGCAGCAGCCUGCUGAGGAUUCACCUGUAACCACACAGACUGACAGGAAAGAGGAAACGCCACCGCCCCAGGAAGUGUCUGUCAAUGGGCCGGUCUGAGCGAGAGCAGACUGCUAAAUCCCUCAGUGACGGUGCCGCGGACUGUCAGCCUCCUCCAGAGUGACUCCCCUAAAUAACCUCACUGCAACUACAGUGUUUUUUACUGAAUCACUCUGCCAUGUUAUUGGACCUGGACACUGCCAAUCAACACCAAUAAUGAGGCGGCGGAACAUGUAAAAAAAAAAAAAAAAAAAAAAAAGAGAAAGAAAAAUAACAAAAAAACCCAACGAAUCCAACAGAGUGGAGUGUAGAGGAAUCAUCUUCAAAGCCUUUUUUCCGAUGUUGCACAUAAUUACGUGCGGUUUUAAUGUAGCAGCGAUCUUUGAAACGACAGAAUCAGAGGGGUAACAUCAUCAUUAUUAUUUUUUUAUGUCCUGAAAGAUUUCUCUCCUACUUGUUCAAAGCUGUUGGAAUCCCAUUGUUAGGGAUUUUACAUCGUCACCCCUAAAUGGAUAGCACAGGCUAACUUUUAAUGAUGCCUCAACAAUAAAUACCUUUUUGAAAACAUUUUUUUUCCUUCAAGCUUAAGAAAAAGCACUUAUGCAGCCAUUUACUGUACAUUAUAGCACAAUGUAAGUGUUCCACCCUCAUCUCUGCUGGCCGUCUUAUCUGUCCUCACACCCAGAUCGAGGUUUUUAUCCUGUUUCCGUUUUUUUCUCUUUGGUUGCUGUUGAUGAAACGUCUCUUGUUGUCGUACAUCACCAGGUUUCUGAAUGUGUUGAAGUGCUUCAGGAGGGUCCGUCGAGGAGGUUGAUGAACAGAGCUCUAAUAGUAUUACUGUCUUUUGCUCAUGUGCAAUAAUGUCAAUUAGCCGUUUUAUUUAAAAAUGAAAUUCAACAUUUUUCCUUUUUAAAAAGAAUCAGUCUAGCAUUGCAGACUCAUUUGGUGUAGUUUUGGGAAAACAAAUUUUGGAUAUAAUCUCAACUUGAUCAGUCAGAUUUUUAAAUGUUAUUUUCUUUUUUCUUUUUUUUUUCUUUUAGAGCAUGUAUAACCGGUUCUCUGUUGACCUAGCUAGUGAGCUAAGACCUUCUGAUUGUAUUGACCUUUAAGUUCUUAUUGCUAUUCCCCUUAAAUCAACCAAACAUCUACCUAUAUACGAAUAUUAUCUACAUUUAAAAAGUAAUUUUACAAGCAAUCUUGAGAUUACUAUUGUUGUCUGUUCCUUUUUUUUUUCCUCUCUCCACCGAGCACUUACUCACAGAGAGUGGCAUCUGGUAAGAGUGACGCUGUAUGCUUUUGUUUUGUUUUUUUGUUUGUUUUGUUCUUUUUUAAGUUUAAUUUUAUUUCUCUCUGAGCAGCAGGAUUGGAAAGAGGGCAGGUCUGGGUUCUGCAGAGCUCCAGGCCUCUUUGGUGUACUUACUUAAAUCAUUUGACAGCGAUCAGGUUCUACGAUCAUUGUUUAAAAAAAAGAAAAAAUUGAAAUUAAAAGUGUCUGGUUGACCACAUUAAUACCAAAA